GAAAAGGACGAGUGAGAGUUGAACGACAAGAAAAAAAGAUUUUGGGUUGAUUCAACGUUUAUUAUACCCCACAAAUCUCCAUGAAUCUCGCUGCAUAUGGCGGGGAUCCAACUGGGAACCUUCUAUUUGUUAAUUUUAACCAGGACUGCUCAUCUCUGGCCGUAGGUGAAAAGACUGGAUAUAAGUUAUACUCUUUAGGUUCAGUAGAGAAACUAGAAGAGAUUUACGAGUAUGGUGAUACAGAAGAUAUCUGCAUUGUCGAGAGACUUUUCUCUAGCAGUCUUGUGGCCAUUGUUAGCCUGUCAGCUCCAAGAAAGCUGAAAGUCUGUCAUUUUAAGAAAGGAACAGAAAUAUGCAACUAUAGUUACCCUAACACCAUCUUAGCUGUUAAACUUAACAGAGUGAGAUUACUAGUUGUUUUGGAAGAGAGUUUGUACAUACACAACAUCAGAGACAUGAAGGUUCUUCACACCAUAAGGGACACGCCUCCUAAUACAACAGGUCUAAGUGCUCUGUCUGUCAAUUCUGAUAACUGCUAUCUAGCCUACCCAGGGAGUAAUCAGAUUGGUGAAGUACAGAUAUUUGAUGCUGUGAAUUUACGWGCUGUUACAAUGAUACCAGCUCAUGACUCAACUGUGGCGUCUAUGGCAUUCAACAACACUGGAACCAAGCUUGCUACGGCUUCUGAAAAGGGUACAGUUAUAAGAGUUUUCUCAAUCCCUGAUGGUGCCAAGCUGUACUUUGGUAAAGCAUUAUCACCCACGAACUACCUACCAUCCCAGGUAACAGAAGUUUUCAACCAAGGCAGAGCAUUUGCYAAUGUUAGACUUCCUGUGGCUGGUCUUAGAAAUGUCUGUGCUAUUGCAACUAUUGGCAAAUUACCUCGUCUUCUGGUUGCAAGUGCUGAUGGGUAUCUGUACAUUUACAACGUGGACCCCGAGGAGGGAGGUGACUGUACUCUGUUGAAACAACACAGGUUGAUUGGACACGAAGAUGGAGAAAGGACAAUUGAUGAAGAAUCCGCUGCCAAUGAAGGUGCAACAUCACGGGUUAGACAAGACUCAACCUCCUCACAAUCAUCCGUCAAGACUUCUCAACCCUCAACCUCGACUGGAAAUGCACUUACUGAAAACUCGCCCCCACCCUCCACGACCAUUAACGAACAGCAAAGGACUGGAAAUCUCAAACUGGAUGAUGACUCAGAGUAUCCACCGCUGGCCGUGCAUAACGAUUAACGGUGGGCUCGCGUGAUAGGAUUGAUUUAUUAAAAAUAUAUAUAUAUGAAGCCUUAUGACAUUAUGAGCUUGGAGUGUGGUUAUUUCACAAAAGGCAAAGUUUUUACCGAUUGUAGUUCAUGAAAGACAUAGAAAGGACUCAAGUUAUAAAGAGAACAAUGAGCCGCCAUUACCAUCCUUGUGAUGCUUUGGGGUUUUUGCUGUAACAAGAAAUGUGCCUAAGAAAAGAAGAUUAAUUUUAAGACACUUUCAAAGAAGAUGGAAGAUGUCAAGAAUUCCAUGGAAAACCGUUUAUUGAAAUAAUUUAAUCUCUUCAGAUCUGCUAAGAAUCGUUUUAUGUGCAAAUUUGCCGGAGACAUCUCAUUCAGUCUCCUUCGWUCUUCUGACGACUUUUUUAUUUCAUUAUUUCAAUUGUCAUUCUCAUUUACAUAUUCAACCGCAAUGUUGAAUGAUUAGAUACAAUUUGCAUUAAAAUAAAUUUGAGUUUUUUUAGAGGACAAAGAACACUACAAGUCAAAGAAGUUGAGCAACGACGUUAAUAUGCCUUGUGACAUGCUUGAAUAUUGAAAAACCAGAUAACAUUUCAUGUUGUAUAUUAGCAUUGAUUUUAAUAAACAUUAUCCAUUCAUAAUUUUAUUGUUAAUAAAUUAUAGAGAACUUUUAUGUUGUCA